UUAUGAACUUCUUUUAUUACCCCCAGCUGACAUUGUUGGAGGAAAGACAAGGACUUGAACAUUCUGAAAUACUGAAAUAAAAAGAUAUAGCCACUGCCAAAACAGAACAGACCCAUUUCUUAAACCCUUUUCCCACAAUCACUUGCCCCCUUUAUUAUCUUUCACAAAAUCCCCUCUUUUCAUGAUUCUGUGUUGAAAGUUGGAAACUUUGGAUCAUGGGUUGUUGUGAAUCUUCGUUUCUGGCUGAAACCCACCCUGAAGGGAACCAAACCCAGCAGCAGCAACAACCCCACCACCACCAAACGCCCUCUGUAGGGCCACCUGACGCGGCAACUAAUGAAACCCCUCCUUUCUCUGAGUUCUCCUUCUCUGUCCUCAAAGGAGCCACCAACAACUUCAGCACUGAUAAUAUAGUUUCUGAAAGCGGUGAGAAAGCCCCAAACCUUGUCUACAAGGGCUGCCUGCAAAACAGGAAAUGGAUUGCUGUGAAGAAGUUCACCAAGAUGGCAUGGCCAGACCCCAAGCAGUUUGCGGAGGAGGCAUGGGGCGUGGGGAAGCUGAGGCAGAGGUGGCUGGCAAAUUUGAUAGGCUACUGCUGUGAUGGGGAUGAGAGGCUGCUUGUUGCUGAGUACAUGCCCAAUGAUACCCUUGCUAAGCAUUUGUUUCACUGGGAAACUCAAACAAUUGAGUGGGCAAUGCGUUUAAGGGUUGCUUCCUACAUUGCUGAAGCUUUAGAUUAUUGUAGUAGUGAGGGCCAUCCAUUAUACCAUGAUUUAAAUCCUUACAGGGUUCUCUUUGACGAGGAUGGGGAUCCACGUCUUUCAUGUUUUGGCUUAAUGAAAAAUAGCAGGGAUGGGAAAAGUUAUAGCACGAAUCUUGCUUACACGCCACCUGAGUACCUAAGAAAUGGAAGGGUUACCCCUGAAAGUGUCAUUUACAGCUUUGGAACUGUCCUUCUUGAUUUGCUUAGUGGAAAGCACAUCCCACCAAGUCAUGCUCUUGAUAUGAUACGGAGCAAAAACAUUGAUCUUCUGAUGGAUUCUCAUUUAGAGGGGAAAUUUUCCUUGGAAGAAGCAACAGUUGUUGUUGGUCUAGCUUCUCAAUGUUUGCAGUAUGAACCCAGAGAGCGGCCUAGCACAAAGGACCUUGUUGCAACACUUGCUCCAUUGCAAACCAAAUCUGAUGUGCCAUCAUAUGUCAUGCUUGGUAUCUCAAAGGAUGAAGAAGCUCCAUCAAUCCCACAGCGUCCUCUUUCAGCAAUGGGUGAGGCCUGUUUACGUAUGGACCUCACAGCAAUUCAUCAGAUAUUAGUAAUGAAUCACUACAAGGAUGAUGAAGGGACAAAUGAGUUAUCUUUCCAAGAGUGGACACAGCAGAUGAGAGAUAUGUUGGAGUCUAGAAAGCGAGGGGAUUAUGCAUUCCGUGACAAAGAUUUCAAAACUGCCAUUGAUUGUUACUCCCAGUUCAUAGAUGUAGGAACCAUGGUCUCUCCAACUGUUUUUGCAAGGCGCAGUCUAUGCUAUCUCUUAUGUGAUCAACCAGAUGUUGCCCUGCGAGAUGCAAUGCAGGCACAAUGUGUUUAUCCAGAUUGGCCCACUGCCUUCUACAUGCAGUCAGUUGCCCUUGCCAAACUGAACAUGAACAAGGAUGCUUCAGACAUGUUGAAUGAAGCUGCUGCACUAGAAGACAAGAGGCAACGAGGUGGGAAGGGAUGAUGAGAAUUUGAAAUCCAGAAUUGGCAAAGAAAAAGGAAAUUCACAUACCAUUAUCCAUUCUUGUUGAGGCAGCCCCCAAGCUUUGUGUAGAAAUCUGAGACUGACAUUGAAUUUCAAAAUCACAAAUGUAUUAAAUAGGGAAAAAAUGCUUGAAUCAAUUAAUGCAUGCUUAUUUUUCUCCCUUCCUGAUGGGAAAUGUUGCUCUUGAUGUGCGAAAGUACAUGUUAAUGAGAUCUCGCCACUGUCAAAUGAAAGGGUUCAAGAAAA